CACGUUGACACUGAUCUCUGUCUCUCCGGGUCCUCCAUUUGAUGCCAUUUGUAUCGGAACACACUCACUGCCUGCACAGACACUCGACCGUGUAGUUAGGAAUUUCACUGCUGCGUUGUGUGCACUUGUAUGCUCCAUGCACGCUUGAAGAAGACACGGUUCUUUUCUUUAGCCAGAGUGGUGGUUUUCUUUUUGCCUGGUUUCGGGAAUGCUUGGCGUGUCUUCUUCGAGGGAGGAGAGUGGCGAUGAGGCCCGCCGAGGAGAGAGCUGCUUCUCCAUCGGCGGCGGCAGCGGCGACGACGCGAUGUUCCUCGACUUCUCUGAUGCGAGCGACUUGCUCGACAGCAUCGACUUCGACGACAUCUUCGCCGGGGACGAAGACGCCUUGCCGGAUUUGGAGAUGGACGGGGCCGAGGUCCCCGCCGAAUUCUCCGCAUGUUUCGAGGAUAGGACCGAGGUGAAUCCGAGCAUGACCCCGGAUGGUGGUUCGAAGGAAUUAUCGGAGGCGGAAGAGAGGUCGGCGGGGGCCGGGGCCGAGGAGAGCUCGAGUGGCGAGGAGGGGAGUGAGAAGAAGAGAGAAGGGUGGAGUGGUGGGAAGAGGAAACGGGAAGGGGAUAGAGGGAGAAGAAGUUCUGCUGCUGCUGCUGCUGCUCAAGGUAAAACUAAUCCCCAAGCUCAAGGGAAGAGAAAAUUCAAGGUGGAUUGGACACCAGAUCUGCAUAGGAGGUUCGUGCAGGCAGUGGAACAAUUAGGGGUGGACAAGGCAGUUCCUUCCAGGAUUUUGGAGCUCAUGGGCAUCGAUUCUCUCACUCGCCACAACAUUGCAAGCCACCUUCAAAAGUACCGGUCGCAGAGGAGGCACUUGCUAUCUCUCGAAGCGGACGCGGCAAGCUGGAGCAAGAGGCGCCAGAUCUACGGCGGGGCUGCCGCGGCUGCCGGAGGAAGCAAGAGGGUCAUGACGCCCUGGGCGGCACCCGCCAUGGGGUUUCCUCCCGUGGCGCCCUCCCCGCACCAUUUCAGGCCUCUCCACGUGUGGGGUCACCCGACCGCAAGCCCGCCCCUGAAGCAUGGUGCAUGGCCGAAGCAUCCGUUUCAUCCACAGCCGCCACACGUUCCUCCUCCACUGCCGACAUGGGCGCUGCCGCCUCCGCUGUAUCAUCCUCCUCCACCGCCGCCUCCGGACCCUUCCUAUUGGCACCACCAAGGAUUUGGUUUUGCACCGGUUCCGGGCAUACCGCAUCAUCAAGGCGUGUACAAAGUAGACCCUAGCAUCGGUUUCUCGACACCGGCGGGGCAAUUGGCCUCCUCUCAACCUUCGUUCGAUUUUCACCAGUGGAGCGAGAGCGUCGAUGCGGCGAUCGAAGAGGUCCUAUUGAAGCCAUGGCAGCGACUUCCUCUCGGCUUAAAGCCUCCGUCUCUGGACGGUGUUUUGGGGGAGCUUCAACGGCAAGGCAUUCCCAGCAUUCCUCCCACUUCCUCCACUUAGAUUGACCUCCCGCCGGCGACGGCGGCGGCAGAUAAGCUAUCUGAGGCCAUCGAGAGGAGAAAAAAAAAAUCCCGAAUUCGACGACAUUUCCGGCACGAUAGAUGUGUACAUAAACUCGUGGAUGAGUAUGUCCCUUAUUGCUGUUGGCUUUCUAAUGUGUCUCAAUGAAAUAACAUUUUUUUUUU